AUGGACCCAGAAGCAGUCAUCAACCUCUUCGAUUUCUUCUGGUUCGCUCUCGGAAUCUUCGAUAAACAAAAUUCUGGGAAAAGCCCAGAUCAGAAAAUGCAAGAAAACAAGCAAGAAAACAAGCAAGGAGCCAGAACUUCCAGCCUUCCAAUUCUUGUGAGGUCCAAGAGCGACCUGUUGAGCUCCAUGGCGAGCUUCAACCCUGAUUCUCUAUCUCCAGAUUCUGUUCUCUUCACUGCAAAUAUCCAGACCGUUUGGUCGGGAAAGGGAGAUGUCGAAGAAUUAGAAGGAGAAGAAGAAGCCAAACAGCCAUCGGUUCCGAGGAAAAGGAGAUCGAAGAAGGGGUUUACGAAGAGCUUAUCGGACCUCGAGUUUGAGGAGGUAAAAGGGUUUAUGGAUCUGGGCUUCGUGUUCUCCGAAGAAGAUGCGAACUCGAGCUUGGUGGAGAUCAUCCCUGGGCUGCAGAGAUUGGGCAAGAAAGAUGGUGAGAAAGAAGAGCCGGCUGAUGAUGGGAAUGUUCUCGAUGAAUCUUCUUCGGUUCCAAGACCUUAUCUUUCUGAAGCAUGGGAGGUUUUGGAGAGAAGAAAGAGAGAGACGCCAUUGAUGAACUGGAGAAUUCCAGCUCUGAGUAAUGAAACCGACGUGAAGAACAGCCUCAAACGGUGGGCUCACACCGUGGCAUCCACUAUUAGGUGA